UCGAGCGAUCUUCAGUUGUGUGUCGUGCUUGGAAGGGAAGGUGUCGAUCUGAUUGCUGCAAGUAUGAAGUUGCUAACAGUUGUAUGUCUCGUCGUUUGGUCCCGGGCCGUGGGGAGUUAUGUGAUUGUGAAUCGUGAUCGUGAUCUUUACUACACGAAUAAACCACUAGCUGGAGGCAAAAACUAUGCUGGACCGGAUGCAGAAAACGCACCGCAAGAUGAGACACAGGUUGAUCCAUACGCGAAGAAGCUGCUCCAGCUGUACUAUUUGGUGCAGGUGAUGCGUUCCUACCACCGGCCAGCGUACCAAGAGCCAACGACCAUUCUAAGCAAUCUUAUCGAUCGGCUAACGAAGGAAGAGCUGCGCGACGAGCUGGAACGGUUGCUGUCCGGUGUCGAUGGGUUCGAGGAAGUGUUCAACAUCGGCGAGUACGCCGUGCGGGAUCCGAUCAAGGAACAGUUGGCCAACGAUUUUCGACUGUUGUUCCCGAUCGUGGUGAAGACGCUCAGCGGACUGCAGGAUGCUGGUACGGAAAGUGACGAAAUGGAGGAUACACUGCAGGGCAGCAUACGAGCAGCGUUCAACGAUUUUCGAAGUCUGCUAAUGAGUGUGGUGCAGUCGGAAGGUGAAGUGUUUAAUGAAAUCGAGAAACUCCCAGACACACUGGACCGUACAGAGCCGGUGGUGCAGGGAAACGAGGUGCAUUGGAGUGUGGCGGAUCUAAGGUCGGACAUUGUACCGAACCCAGUGGAUGUGGUGUACGUGACGCAAAUGCCUGCCGCAUCAAAUAAAGCCAUGGUGAACGAUUACGAUUUAGACGAGGAGCACACCAGUACCGAGGGUGUAAAGGAAGUGUUGCCAACGGAACGGCCUUUCGAUGAGGGGCUGCAAAUUGAUAAACAGCUAGAUUUUUUACCCGAUGGGAGUGAUGUAAAGUACGAGCUAAGCAUGGGACCAGAUAUGCUGUCGCAGGAGCACGAUUCCGACGAGGAGGACAACGACGACGACGAAACGGAGCUGAUAAUUCUAACGGAAGACAUGAAUCUGCAUAAAGCUGGCCCUUCAGAUGGUGAAGUGGCAGGUAGCGGACCGAUGGCAGUGCUGGUAAAGGACCCGGAAAUGGCCGCCCUGAUUCCGCACAUUAUCGAGCAACUGCGCAUGGAAAAUGUUACAGCGGAGGAAAAGGAUGCAUUGGCUGAGAUUUUCGAAGACCUGUGGCCGUUGAUGGUGGCUGAGGCAGAUCGUAUGCGCACGGAAUCGUAGGUGCAUUUGCGAGCACCGUUACUUUUAUUUUCACCAAUCCCAGAAUCCGUGUACCUGAAAGAUUCCGGGAUACUUUCGGGGGUACGGUGUGAUUAGAUGGAUCAGUUGCUGUUGCGAAGCGGAAGGGAAAGGAUCGUGAGAGCCUUCGGGGAAUCUAGCUUAAAAAAUGAAAGUCAUACUGAGCGCUCUGCUGUGCACGCUGCUGAUGGUGUUAACCGGAAGCAGUCCCUUGUUUGCACGAAAAUUGUCCGGCAGGAGAAACCCUUGGACGGAUGUUACCUACCGGGAACGGCUGCAAAGCUGGGGCCUUUAUCCGAAGGUGUUUCGCUACGGCACAACCAACCAUCAUGCGGCGAUCCUGGAACGGAAACGAGCCGAGCUAAGCUGGUUAAAGCGAUACGUCCGGGAAAAUGAGGAAGUGGUAGGCAAUCAUGAUGGGCAUGCCAACAUGGUGUCAAACGACAGGAUUGAACGGGAUCGUCAGUACGAGAAAUUUAAGGAAAAACACUUCCAAAAGAUGGAACAGGAUGCACUCGAAGUUUUGUGGCAGCAUCGUUAGAUUGCUGUUCGAGUGAGAUGAGGAGUACUGUUGUGUAUAAACUAUUGUGAAUUUUGUGUGCGGUUUAAUGGAUAAUUUAAAUAAAGAAUAUUAUAAGUAAUGCGGAGACAGCUGGUAUGCUAUCUUUUGUCGAUAAUAAUUUGCUGAAAUACUUAAGAAUAAAUAUAAAUAUAUUGGAAUGGUUUAA